AGUCGUGCAUUUCAAAAGGGAAAAUGCUGAGGCUCGCGUUGCUCGCUUGUCUACUGACGACGUUUGUCGUCGCGUACGAACCGUUCUCAAUGAUCUUCCAAUGGAAGACCAUAAGUUACAACUGGCCGGCCGAAUACUCCGAGAAGGACGCUCGUUACAACUACAUACCGGAGAACAAUGCCAUCGCUGGUAUCAAGUUGUGGAAGAGUAACAUGUACCUGACGAUACCUCGGUGGAAGAGCGGGGUUCCAGUGACCCUUGCUAGGACACCGUCAACUCCGGUGCAGGACAAGAAAGGCUUGAGAAACAUCAACCCGAAGCUGGACGCUUAUCCGAGCUGGGACAUGCAGUUGCCGGGCGAUUGUAACGCGUUCCAAUCGGUGCAGAGCAUGGAGAUCGACCCUCAAGGCAGGAUGUGGGUCCUGGACACGGGAAGAACCGAGACGAUGGGCGAACACCCGACCGUCAGGUGCCCGCCACGCCUGGUGAUAUUGGACCUGGAAAACGGAGGUGCGGUCUUGAAGAAGUUCGAGUUCCCCGACGACGUUGCUCGCCACAACUCUUCCUACUUGAACGACAUCGUCCUCGACCACGAGGACGGCGGCUACGCCUACAUAUCAGACAGCGGACUCGAACCCGCGAUCAUAGUUUACUCCCUGAAGGACGACAAGGCUCGGAAGGUCACCCACGAGACCAUGAAGGCCCAGGCCGACGCGGUGAGGUUCGUCGUCGCAGGGACAAGCGUCAUCCAGCACGUCAACGUCGACGGAAUCGCUCUUUCGCCCCCGGGACCGAACAGGACGCUUUACUACGCGCCGCUGUCUUCGCUCCGUCUCUACUCCGUUCCCGUCGAGGUCUUGCGAAACGACUCGAUAACCGACCUUCGAGAUUACGUCGUCGAUCUGGGCGACAAGACUUCGCAGAGCGACGGCAUGGUCAUGUCGAACGCCGGCGUUCUUUACUACGGCCUUUUGGCCGAUGACGCCAUCGCCAUGUGGAACACUUCGACGCGUCAGCCCUUCGCUACCGGACGGAGAACCAUCUCCAGGGACCACGAUCUCACCCAGUGGCCCGAUACUUUUGCUUUCGACGAAGUUGACUCGCUUUGGUGCGUCGUCAACAGUCUUCAGAACUUUUUGAACAACAAGGUGGACGUAACUCAGAACAACUACAGAAUCGUGUCCAGUAAAGUUAAGCAGAGGAGUUAUCAGUACUUACCCAACAACACGGCUCCGGAACUUCCGGUUAUCACUGCCGCUGCUGGUCAAAUUCGAAUCGCGAUGCCCACCGCAUUUGCCAUCCUCCUCGUCUUCCUAGUUUGCUAAUUUAUUCGCUUAAACGAUUCCGUGCGACGA